GCCCAGCGCAGCCCCGCGAUUUCUGUCGUCUUCGCACUGCGGACUUCCCAAACAGACGAGCCAAACGCCAACGUCCGCAGCACAUUUGGUUCGAAACCUCAGCAUCGUUGCUUCUUCCGCGCCAAUUUCGCGCAAUCAGCGCCAGCAGGGGCGUUUACAGUAGCAGGCCUGGUCGGAUCAAUAUGAAAGGCUGCUCCAGUCACGGAGGGGCCUCGGAGUCGUCGGACCCAGCGUCGCACCGAUUUCGAGUUGGCCGAGGUCCACCAGCGACGGGCCUUGACCUUGCGGAUGAAAGGCAACCGAUCCAUGAUCGACAAGGCUCUCAACGAACACCCCGAGGACGUCAACGAUGUCUACGACUUGCUGGCCAACAAAGGGCGGCUCCCCGCUCGCAACUCGGCCAGCUUGCCAGCCGCGUCGAGCGGCCUUGGGGGGCCUAGCAACGUCAAGGGGGAGGGCGAGAACGGGGCGAAGAAGGAGGAGACGCCGGAGGCAACGGAGGAAACGGCGGGAGCGGUGGGCGUGGCCGAACUCCCGAACGACGACCCCGAACUGGCACAUUGCAUCGAGGUCAUGGGCGAGAAGAUCCCUGACACGUAUAUCAGGUUCGGUGGCAAGCAUGGCCUCCCAGGGAGAGCAUGGAAAGCGCUUCUGCCGACGAUGGAGCCAUUGGUGUUCAACAGGUUCUCUUUGGCAGCCCUCAUCCCUUCGGGGAAGAGGGAGAUCGACGUCGACCAGGCGACGAAGGUGAACGAGAUGAUGACAGGACUUGUGGACGACACCCAUCUCACAGGGAAGCUUCGUGAGACCCGGGUCUUGGUCAAGACGUUGCGCGAAUUCAACGAGAAGGAGGGCAGGCCUGCCAGGAACAUGCGGCUUCCGAUCGACUGGUCUGUCGAUGCCUGGUGGCGGAAGGACGAACACACGGAGGACAUGCUGACUGUCCUCAUGCUCACGGGUGCCGUAAUCAAGAUCACGGCGGAGAAUCUUGGGGUUCCAGCUGGAGAAGAGUUCCUUGGGGCUCAAUUGGAGAAUCCGCACAGCAAGGCGCGCUGUUGCGUGGUCGAUAGCACUGGGCUCAAGCGGAAGAACUGCUUGAUUGUCCUCGCAGAGUCGGGCAGUCAGAGGAACGAAGUGAAAAUCGAGGAGGGCGGCAGCAAACGAAUUGCUUCAGAGGCCAUGGAGACUCCAGAGAAGCCUGUUGCCAAGAGGCCCCGCGACAUCGCCAAGAGCGAGGUCCACCAGGAGCCGCCGCCGCCACCGUCUGCUCCAUUGGGCGCUUGAGGUGCACGGCGCACGUCGUGCCGUUGAGCCGUGGGUGAGGCGCUCAGGAACCGCGCCCUCGGGAGGGUCUAGGGGGGUGUUGUGCCGUUUCCAGAAAGUAGGGUAGCUCGGGUUUUGGCCAGUGUAGUUUUUGCCCGUGCGGCUACCGGGGGGGUGGGCAGUGUAAUUCCUGCGACACGCGCCUCGUCCAUUGUCGUAUCGUUCUGCUCUUUGGUCGUCCGCGGGGGGGCCGCUGCGUCUGCAGCGUAGGAACCUACGGGGCU